AUGGAAGUGUUCGAUUUACCAACGGAAAGAGAAUUUGUCACAGCCCAAUUAACCAGAUCCUCGGAAAAUGCCACAUUGGACGUGUUGAUGGGAAGAAUGGACAAAGAUCGCUUAAAUGCUGUUUUCAUAGUCAAGCCAAUUGUCUUAUACACACUCACCGUACACUACAGAAAAAACAGUUCGAGCUUCAUAACACUCUUUGAAAUGGAUGUUUACAUGGAUGUAUGUGUUGACCAUUGA